GUCCGUGUUGGGAUUCUAAAUACGAGGGAGUACCGGGGAGGUAGUUUCUGAACCGCUUUGAGAGCACCGGAUAAACAGGGAAAGCUCAAAAAAAGACAGAAAAAGGGAUACGUUUCUCAUAUCCAAUGAGCAUCUGUCGUUGACUCGAAUGUUGAUCCCAGAUAUGAUCAUCAUCGACACCACUUCGAUUUAUUGGAGACAGUCCAUCAGUCAAUGACACAAUCCAUCCAUCCGCUAUGGGUCACAGACGGCAUUAUCAUCCGUCCCAGUUCUAUCUUCUGUCUUAACAAAGUGUCUCCAUUAUGCAACUCAAUAAUACCCGACUCUUCGAUACGCUAUUGUGUACUCCGUACUGGUAUUACAAUGGUUUAAUAUCGGUCACAAUGAAUUACGUGACGGCGGGGACCUGGAACCACCAUGACGGCGAUGCCAUUCAAUCCAAUCCAUGGGACUGCACCGAACGGAUUCGAUUCGGAUCGUCGCGCCUCCCGACCGAUGAUGGGCAUGGAUGGGCGCAACAAAGACACGGGUCAUGGUUGCUGCCAAACUGUCGUGCAAAACUUGUCUGGAUUUUGGUUAUGCUCUAUUCCAAAUCCCGUCUAUUAUACAUGCAGAGACGGCCCCCUGAUCGUUCCGUAUGCCGUGCUGUGGCUGAGUACGGGACACUCAAUGUGGCAACAACUGAUGGCCCCGCUAAGGUUUGCUCCAGCCCUUCUGGAAUAGUUCGAAUCCCGUUCCUGAAACGAUUCGCUAGCCGUUUCCAUGAUACCCUACGGAGUACCCGCCCAGUGAAAAUAAGUGCUACCUACUAUUGAACCUGGUCCACGGUUUCGGUAACUUUAGGAAAGAUCGAACGUCGAAUGAGUGAAUUCAACCGCCUUACCGGGGAAAUGGAUGAUCACCCUAGUCCACGGAUAGUCGAAUUCGCGAAGCCCUCUUAGACUCUCGGCUUGAAUCUUCCAGAAUCAUAUUAUUUGAGCUCUGUCCUAUGAGGCCCGGAUAUUGCGAUUCUUGACUCCUUCAGUGGAGUACAGUUC